UCUGGGCCACAAAAGCAUGGCAGGUGCUGAGGCGGCGUUGGGUUCGUCGUCGUCUUUGAAAACAGAUACAGCUCCAGUCCCUAAAACUGCAGAAACAGCCUCAGUAAUGGCCGCUACGUCGCCAGCGACGGCUGCAGCCGCGGCGGUUGUGGCCGCGGUCAGGACUGGGUCCGAAGCCCGGGUCUCCAAGGCCCCUUUGGCUACUAAGCUGCUGUCCCUGAGUGGGGUGUUUGCUGUGCACAAGCCCAAAGGGCCCACUUCAGCCGAGUUGCUGAAUCGGCUGAAGGAGAAGCUGCUGGCAGAAGCUGGAAUAUCUUCUACCGAAUGGACUAAGAGGAAAAAGCAGACUUUGAAAAUUGGUCAUGGAGGGACCCUUGACAGUGCAGCCAGAGGAGUUCUGGUGGUUGGAAUUGGAAGGGGAACAAAAAUGUUGACCAGUAUGUUGUCAGGGUCUAAGAGGUAUAUUGCCAUUGGAGAACUGGGAAAAGCUACUGAUACACUAGAUUCUACAGGGAGAGUAACAGAAGAAAAACCUUACGAUGAAAUAACACAAGAAGAUAUUGAGAGCAUUCUACAGAAAUUUACUGGGAAUAUAAUGCAAGUACCACCCCUCUAUUCUGCAUUAAAAAAAGAUGGACAGAGACUUUCAACUUUGAUGAAGAGAGGUGAAGUAGUAGAAGCAAAACCUGCCAGACCAGUUACUGUAUACAGUCUCUCCCUUCAAAAAUUCCAGCCACCAUUUUUCACAUUAGAUGUUGAGUGUGGAGGAGGUUUUUAUAUCAGAAGCUUGGUCAGUGAUAUUGGCAAAGAACUCUCUUCCUGUGCCAAUGUACUGGAGCUGACCCGAACCAAACAGGGACCAUUUACACUAGAAGAACAUGCCCUUCCUGAAGACAAAUGGACAAUUGAUGACAUUGCACAGUCUCUCCAGCAUUACUCAUCUCUUCUCCCAGCAGAGUUUGCACUUAAAAAAUCAAAAGCUGAGGAGUCUAAAGAACAGGUUCUGAGCUGUGAAUAUAUAACAUUAAAUGAGACAAAGGGAGAAGAUGAUGUAAUUAAGACAUUUUAAGAUUGGCCUGAGAUUGUCAUCAUUUCCUGGUUGACAUUUGAAUCCUGUGUGCAGAAUAACAAGCUACAUGCAAGAGAAAAACAAUUAUUUCUAACUUUUUUUUUUGCAUGAAGAAAAGUGUCCCUCAUUUACAGUUUGUAUAGUGUACACUUCAUCUGCUGUACAUUAUAAAUGGCUUUGCAGUUCAGUUCUUUGCUGUAUUAUGGAAUGUUCUUUUAGCCUGUUUUCAUGUUGGUAGAUUGGAUUCAGGAAAAUUAACUUUCUGAAUUUUAUCUCCCUUCAAAGUUAUUUUUUCCCUGAAAAUGUUGAACAAAUAUUCUAAUCAAAGAAAAAAGAAAUAGGGAACUACAUGUUUCUUUGGUUUCACAAAAGUAAACAUAAUUUAGUGCUGUGACUUUAUUCUGGCUGCCUGGUGGCUCUGCAUUGUAUUGAAAUUCUGUUUUUAACUAUGUUUGAAAUGACCAUUGUUUAGCUUUCUUAUGUUUUUUGAGAUUUCAUUAUUAUUCAGACCAUUUCUUUGAAAAGAUUGUAUUCAUCUAGUAAUGCUGUGUUUGUUUAGAUCUUGGAAACAAAUAAACUUUUCUAAUAAAUGUUUGUAAAUUAACCAAGUUAUUGCUACUACCACUAACAGGAUGUAAAUAGAAGACAAGUGUCUAAUUAAAUUCACUUCUACUCUACCAUUAGAGCAGAGGACAGUUCCUAUGGCUUAUAUUUUGGCAGUUAUGAGAUUUUUUCCUGAUCAUUUCAUCAAUACAGUUGACCAGUUUGUACCAGGUUACUAAAUAAUGUAUCUCUUAUUUAAACUAAUGAAUGUCUUCAAUUAAAAUUUUCUUUUCUCCAUUCUUUGGCAUUUAUUUGUAUCUCUUCAUAGGGCAUUGAUCCCCCAAAUAUCAGUUUUUUUAGUUGUUUGCUCUUUCAGAGGAUUUAUAGACUUUGAGAUAGCUGUCUUGCAUUUCUGGUUAAUCUCUUCCACUCUAAACAUUUAAUAACAGAUAUUGUCAAAUGUUUUCAUUCAGAUAGCCUACUGGAAAUUCUCUAUUCCUCUUUAUCAUCUUGAAAACAGUCACUUUACAAAAUAGCAAAUUUCAUAAUUAAUAGUGCUUCAUAAUUUUGUUAUGGGAGAGUAAUAUAGUAUGCAGUCUGUAGAAAAGUUAAAAUUCUCUUUAUUUGUUCAAGCAUUACUUCAAAAAAGUCAUUAAAAAUUUUAUAAAAUAGGAGUUUUUGGUUUUUAUAGAUUGACUUUAUGUUAAAAAUGAUUGCCUGCUUGCUACCUCUAACUCAAAAACUUUAAAUAUGUGAACUAAAGUGGUUUUAUUUGUGCUUAAUCUAAUGUAGACUCAAAAUAAAAAGUUACAUGCUUCUAGUAGAGUAUUUUCAGCAUAUGAGCAAUGUAUUUUAACUGAAAAUAGUAAAACUAAUUCUUAGUAUGAUCCAGAAAAUUAUAAGAAAAGGGCUUUGAUAUUUUGGCAUAUUGACAUAAAAUACAGAACACACAAAGUUGUAAGUUGAAAGCUUUCGGUUUUGCUUAUUCUUAUCUAGUAUACUGCAGUUUGUGGCUGCCUCUGUUACUGGAAUGGGGGAAGGUUACAGUAUGUCUUCAUGCAUUGCCAGUUAAGGUCCAAAAAUAGGAAUAUUUAUGUUUAGGAAACAGCUGAGGCAUUUCUGCUCUAUCAACUUAAAAAUUGACGUGUGUAAUUUACUAAUGGAGGUGAGUAGAUAUAAUUUGGAAAGACAAGUGACUUUUAAAAUGACAACCAGUCUUUUUCUUUUAUAUUGAAAACAGUGAAGAAAAUUUUGUGAACAGUUACUUCAGAAAUCUAAUUUUUAUAUUAUUUUCUCCUUUUGUUCUACAUAAUUGCACUCUUAAGGCACCUAUAAUUUUUAAUUGAUUAAUUUUUCUCAUUUGCUACUAUCUAACUCUUUAUACUUUCGAUGAUUAUUUUAAUCAUAUUAUAUCAUACUUAUCUAUUAUAAUUUAUUUAAACCAUUUCUCUAUUGCAAAAUACAUUGUUUUCAAUUUUAUUGGGAUAAAUACAUGGGAGUGGGAUUAUUAAGUGGAUAAUACAAGCAAUUUUAGGGUUAAUAUGUUCGCUUUAUUGCUUUCCCAAAGAGUUGCAACAUUUUACAGUGUUACCAUUUGAGUAUAUCAGUUUUACUAAAAUUUUACAGUGUUGAGUGGGGGUUUAUACUUAGCUGUUGUUAAUUUAUUAAGUUUAAGAGAUAGUUCAAAGUUGCUUUAGUUUGUUUUUCUUUGAUUUCUAGCAAGGAUGAACAUUUUUCCAUGCUUCAGUUUGCUAUUACUAUUUGCUUUUAUGUGACUUGUCUGUAUGAUUUGUUCACUUAUAUAAAUAAACGUCCUGGUUUCAUUACACAUAUGAAUAAGUU